AUGACUGACGACUUCGAAAUGAAUAUUCCCGCAACAACCUGCGGCUUUUCUUCGACAAGCAACUGCGAUCAACAACGAGCGCCGCAUGUCCCUCCGCUCGAAAUGACCGACAAGGAAUACAUUGAGAAAUGCGAAAAACUCAUUGGUGAUGGGCGAAAGAACUUUACACCCUUCUUGGGAUAUCGUUUAUGGAAGGUUACUGAUGGUGAAGACUUUUUUAUUCCAGCUGCAACGUUUGCGGAAAUUAUUAAAAGAAAAAACCUGAAGGUGCCACGAAAGUUGCGAGACAAAAUCCGAUCUGGGGAAAGUUUCGAUAAUUAUACGAUUAUAAUAAAUGCGCGAGAUUAUAAUUAUUUCGGAUCUUACCCAAACAAGGACAAAGAUUUGAUGCUUUUACGUCGAGAAUUGCGAUCAACUACUAAGAUGCGCGAAGAAGAAGAAAAUAAAGCUGCUGAAAGACUUCUUGGAGUUUUUGGAAACGAGUCAUCUGAAAGCGACAACGAAGACGAUAAAAAGAGCGAAGUCAAAAAGUAA